UUAAGUCAUAGUCAAAGUAUCAUUACUAUUUAUUACAAAACGAACGUGUUUGUGCGGUAAAAGUUAAAUUAUUAUUGCUUAAAUUUUUCGUACCGCGAACAGAAUUGAUACAUUUUUAUUUAAACAAAGUUUGUACCUGCGUACAUGCAUGUUGAUAGUGAGGGAAGAAUAUUUACAUUUCGAGUGACAUGAAAAACAAGUGUUACUACUAUGGAUUAAAAUAUGUCAAUACUUGGAAAUCCUGAGAAUACCAUCAUGAAAGGACAAUUUUCAUGUCGACUUCUGAAAUCAUGCCUCGUUGUAACAAUAGUAACAACUGCGAUGUUGAUUUUUCUGGAAAUGAUUGCAGUACAUAAUGUAUCUUUAAUGGACUAUACUAUCAUCCCUAUAAAAUCUGAAAACAAUUACCAAAAUACGAGUGUGAUAGAAUGGAGGGAACUGUGGAAGAAUAAGAAAAAUAUUUCCAAACUGGGACGAAUAUUAUUUCUUGGAGAGGAACCAGCAGUAGUCAAGCGAAAAAAGAAAUAUCAAAUUUUAGUUUGGAAAUAUGGACCUAAACUAGAAAAAAGGCUAAUAAAACAAUAUACCAAUAAAAGGAUAGAUCCGUUUCAAGAAUGUUCCGUUAGCAAUUGUGAUAUAACUUAUAAAGAUGCUGCCAUAAAGACAGCUGAUAUUGUGAUAAUCCAUUUACAUCGAACUAGAAGUCUAGCAGAACUACCACCGAAGCGAGGAAGAAAAGAUCAAAUUUGGACGUUUUUAACGGACGAAAGUCCGUAUCACACGUUUAUGGGGAAUUCAAAACUAUCUAGUAAUGGUAAAAAAAUAACUAUAGCAGAUUUCAAUGGAAUUUUCAAUUGGUCUAUGUCUUACAGAAUCGACUCAGAUAUUCCAGUUCCGUAUGGAAGAACUGUAGUUAAAAAGAACAGGAUACAUUUUCAGGAAAAUCCUAAAAGGAGAGACGUUUUGAUUGCUGUUAUGGUGUCAAAUUGUAAAACAAGAAAUAACAGAUUCGACUAUAUAAAGGAACUACAAAAAUAUAUACAAGCAGAUAUUUAUGGAAAUUGUGGAACACUAAAAUGUCCAGGCCACUUCUCAAAAGAUUGUCCACUGCUUGACAACUAUUUAUUUUACUUAUCCUUUGAAAACUCAAACUGCGAUGGCUAUAUAACUGAAAAAUUAUGGUGGAAUGCCUUUCACAAACAUUCUAUACCUAUAGUAAUGGGUGGAAGUAAUAAAAAUUACAAACAAUUGUUGCCACCUAAUUCUUACAUAAAUGUGGAAGAUUUUGCUGGUCCUGCUUCACUUGCGCAAUUUAUUUUAAGAUUAAAUGAAACGAAUGAAUUUCAGAAUUAUUAUAAAUGGAAAACAGAUUUUGAAGUGCUCAAUGAGCAUGGUUAUUUUCAAAGCAAAGCAUAUCAUUAUUGUCGCAUUUGUGAAGCUAUGAAUUACAAUGAUAAAAAUGAAAAAGUUUACUAUAAUUUACAAGAUAUGUGGGAUUACCACAAAAUGUGCCAUCCGGCUUGGAACAUUCCAAACUGAAAUAGAAUUACAAAAAUGCUCCCAAAAUGUUUAUUUAUCAGUCUUUUUUUCUAGCUCAAUACUUUAUUUCUGUAACAAUAUAAGAUUUACAUGGCAUAUUAAAGUUUUACCAAUUACCAAACUGUUUUUUAUCUUUUAUUUUUUAUCUUGAUAAGUAGAUUCUUCAUCAAAUUAGUUUCAUUUUCUACGUUUAUUCGUUUAUUUAUGUUAUUUAUUAUACACAUAUUUAUUUGUUUUCUAACAUAGCACCAAGACUAAUAACAGCAGCAGUCCCUCCCCUCACAAGCUCUAACACAAGCACAAAUUGUUAAGAGCCAGUUUCUCAAUGUCCAGUCAAAGUGGCUGUUAUGUAGCUGACAGCUAUAUUGUAGCUGGCUGUCAAAGUCCCUGUUAUUGAUGGAACAUGGAUGGAAGUGUUUAUCGUCACGAAUUUAACUGCUAGCUGCAUAGUCCAAUAGUUUUUAUUCUUAGACUGGUUGUUGGCAUUUCUGCUAAUUUAUAAAAUGGUUUUUAUUGGAUAAUUUAAAUUUACUGCUUUACAUAUCAUGUCUUGUGUUGCUCGUCACAGACCUUCACAUAAAAAUUGUUCUAUUUUGUAUCCAUUUUUUUUUUUUUUUUUUUUUUUUUUUUUUGGGGCAAUUGGUGAUUUAGAAAAAAGAGAAAAUACCCAAUUUCGCGUAAUCAG